CAUAAGGACACGCCGCUCCCGAACGAUCCACUUGGGGGCCAGAGCCAACCGUGCGUCACUCCCUUUGGUGGGAAGAAAGUAGAGGAGGCAAGAAGCAUGCAAGUCAAUCUGUGCCAAUGGCAUCACAAGGAGAGGGAUGGCAGCUCGGAUGAAAAGGAGACCUCUCCCACGGUUCAGUCUCUCCGCGAUAUGAAUCUCACAAGAAGCGCCCAGGCUGCUGUUAUUAAUUAAGAAAUCCCCCAGUUUGCGGAAAGCUGUGCGUCUCUGUUAGGCUGCUGGGCAUCACUUGCGAUCCAUGCCAACUCAAUUUGGUUUUCAAGCACAAAGAGCGAAUCCUGUAAGGGGGACCUGUUACUGAAUGAUCAUCAAGGAUCCUAAAGGUUUCCUGACCCUCCGUCUAUAGAAGAGCCUUCCGUUUUUGUGCAUUGCUGUGAGAUACCAAAGGAAGGUAUCAUGGCUUCCGAGGAGUCCCAGGGGGUGGCAAAGUCUGCGGUGGAAAAAUUAUCCAGUGCCAUGGGAGACAGAACUAAGCAAAUUGGCACCGCAAUAAAGGAACCUCAUCACCAGAGACGGAUAAUCUUGAUCAUUGUGUGUGUGGCUCUUUUUCUUGAUAACAUGUUGUACAUGGUCAUAGUCCCCAUUAUUCCAGACUAUAUUCAAAAUUUGAGAGCGGACAGAGAACAUGCGAAAAGCAUUAAUUCCAGUAGUCAAUAUAGGAAUAAAUCUUUUGCCAUUAGACCCCAAUACCCAGCAGAAAACGAAGAUAUGCAGAUUGGAGUCCUGUUUGCUUCUAAAGCAAUCCUGCAGCUACUAAUCAACCCACUAAGUGGAACUUUUAUAGACAGGGUUGGAUAUGACAUCCCCCUUCUUAUUGGACUGGUAGUUUUGUUCUUCUCAACAGUCAUAUUUGCGUUUGCUGAAAACUAUGCCACCUUGUUUGUAGCUAGAAGCCUCCAAGGUUUGGGAUCUGCGUUCGCAGACACUUCUGGAAUUGCCAUGAUAGCAGAUACAUACACAGAGGAGGCUGAAAGAAGCAAAGCUUUAGGCAUAGCCUUGGCGUUCAUCUCAUUCGGUAGCUUGGUGGCGCCCCCUUUUGGGGGCAUAUUGUACCAGUUCGUAGGCAAACGAAUGCCUUUCCUAGUUCUGGCUAGUAUCGCUCUUAUAGAUGGCGUGCUGCUAUUGUUAGUCAUUAAACCCUUUACUAACAGGACUAGAGCCAAUAUGCCAAUUGGCACCCCCAUCCACAGACUGAUGAUAGAUCCUUACAUUGCUGUGGUGGCAGGUGCUCUUACCACAUGUAAUAUUCCUUUGGCAUUCCUUGAGCCCACCAUAGCAAAUUGGAUGAAAACGACAAUGGAUGCAUCAGAGUGGCAAAUGGGUCUUACUUGGUUACCAGCCUUCUUCCCUCAUGUCCUUGGUGUCUAUAUAACUGUAAAGCUUGCAGCCAAUUAUCCUCACUACCAGUGGUUUUAUGGGGCUAUAGGAAUGGUGAUCAUAGGUGCAAGUUCUUGUACUGUUCCAGCAUGUAAAAACUUCUGGGAGCUAAUUGUGCCCUUGUGUGGGAUCUGCUUUGGCAUAGCCCUAGUAGACACUGCCCUACUGCCAACCCUUGCCUUACUCGUAGAUGUUCGCCACGUAUCGGUUUAUGGAAGUGUUUACGCCAUAGCUGAUAUAUCAUACUGUGUGGCAUAUGCCCUAGGACCUGUAGUUGCUAGUCAAAUUGUUCAUACUACGGGUUUCACCCAACUUAACCUCGGUAUGGGUCUUGCCAAUGUCCUGUAUGCACCGGCUCUUCUGUUCCUCAGAAAUGUGUGUCAAAUGAAACCCUCACACUCAGAGAGAAAUAUAUUGUUGGAAGAAGGCCCUAAGGGCUUGUACGACACUAUUAAAAUGGAGGAACGAAAAGCCAAGUCUCACAAAAGAAAUCCUAAUGAUGGGAUGAACGACAGUAUCAUGGACAAUUAUCAUGAGCCCCAUAAAGGUAUCUAUGGGUCGGAAGAGGACUCAUCUGAUUAUGAGUACAGUUAAAUCUAAGUUAGUUCCGAAGAUUCAAUUUUCGUCUGUUUAUGCAGCAACAUUUAAAGUAUCAGUUGUUCAGUUGUUGUGAUGUCGGGAUGUUUUCUGUCGACCUAUUUUUUAUGAUUUGUUUGGUGACAGACCAAAAUGGAAGGAAAUGGAAUAUGGAAAAUCCAGAGUUAAGGAUAGGUGCAGUAUUGUGAAAAUGCUUGUUUUUAUCUCAGACACCCAAGUGUGAAAUACUGUAUAUCUGUACAAAGUUAAAUAUAUAAAUAUAUUAUACAAAUGGGAUUAUUAAACUUGCAUAUUCAGGGAAAUAAACUUAAUAUUGUAAAUACCUAUAUUUUGUGACAUUGAAUUAAUAAAUACUUACAACGUUCUGUGCCAUUUGAUUUGCAGGACACAUUCCCUGUACUGAUUGGUUAUUCUAUAAAAUGACACAUGCUGUUAACACUGCGUGCUAUUCAAUACAAUCUGAACAAAUAAACGGUUAUACAAACAUAA